AUGGUGAGGGUUAGUGUCUUGAAUGAUGCUCUCAAGAGCAUGUACAAUGCUGAGAAACGUGGGAAGCGUCAAGUUAUGAUUAGGCCCUCCUCGAAAGUGAUUAUAAAAUUCCUUAUGGUCAUGCAAAAGCAUGGUUAUAUUGGGGAGUUCGAGUACGUUGAUGAUCACAGGGCUGGUAAAAUCGUUGUGGAAUUGAAUGGAAGAUUGAAUAAGUGUGGCGUUAUUAGUCCUCGAUUUGAUGUUAGUGUUAAGGAGAUUGAGGGAUGGACUGAGAGGCUGCUUCCUUCAAGACAGUUUGGAUACAUUGUCUUGACUACCUCUGCUGGUAUCAUGGAUCACGAAGAGGCUAGGAGAAAGAAUGCCGGUGGUAAAGUGUUGGGUUUUUUCUACUAG